AUGGUUUUGUCCAAUUACCUUAAUUCUCUGUCCAAAACACCUCAAAAGCUAAAGAAAAGGAUGUUAGCAACAUGGACACCAGACCAAGAACUCAACAAAGUGAGGCUAAGGUCUGGUGCUGACAUGAAGAGGAAACUGACUUGGUAUGAUUUAGUAGCUCUUGGAGUUGGAGGAAUGCUUGGUGUUGGAGUUUUUGUAACAACUGGCCAUGUUGCUCGUAAAAACGCGGGCCCUUCUGUUUUUAUCUCAUACAUAAUUGCUGCUGUAUCUGCCCUUCUUUCUUCCUUGUGUUAUACUGAGUUCUCUGUUGAUGUUCCUGUUGCUGGUGGCGCUUUCAGUUAUCUCCGAGUUACUUUUGGGGAAUUUGUGGGAUACUUUGCAGGAGCAAAUAUAUUAAUGGAAUAUGUGUUGUCAAAUGCUGCUGUUUCAAGAAGUUUUACAGAGUAUUUGUCAUGUGCCUUUGGUAGAAAUGAUCCAAAUUCAUGGAGAAUCCAUGUACAUGGUUUAAUGCAAGGUUACAACAUGUUGGAUCUCCCCGCGGUCGCGUUGAUUAUUGUCCUCACUAUUUGCUUGUGUCAUAGCACUAAAGAGAGCUCAAUGUUGAACCUGAUAAUGACAGUCUUCCAUGUGGUCUUUUUUGGAUUUAUAAUAAUAGCUGGAUUUUGCAAUGGGAAGAUUGAGAACUUAAUAAGGCCAGGAGGAAUAGCUCCUUAUGGUGUGAGAGGGAUUCUUGAUGGAGCAGCCAUAGUUUACUUCAGUUAUAUUGGAUAUGACACAGUGUCCACCAUGGCUGAAGAAAUAAGAAACCCUUCAAAGGCUCUACCUGUGGGAAUUGUUGGCUCUGUCCUCAUUGUCUCUGCCCUCUAUUGCCUCAUGGCUGUAUCUUUGUGCCUUUUGCUACCUUAUAACAUGAUUCCAGAAGGAGCAUCAUUUUCUGCAGUUUUCGAGUUGAUGGGGUGGAAAUGGGCAAGCAAUGUAGUAGGGGCAGGUGCAAGUUUAGGGAUUGUGGCAUCUCUAUUAGUAGCCAUGCUUGGACAAGCAAGAUACCUUUGUGUCAUUGGGAGGGCUAGACUUGUACCUUCUUGGUUUGCAAAAGUACAUCCUACUACCGGCACUCCACUAAAUGCUACUAUUGUCUUGGGUAUAUGCCAAGCAUCAAUUGCAUUAUUCACAGAGCUUAAUAUUGUAAUAGAGAUGAUCUCCAUUGGCACAUUACUAGUAUUUUACUUAGUGUCCAAUGCACUUAUAUACCGUCGAUAUGUAAUCCUUAGCAAAAAUCCACCACUUCACACUCUUUUCUUCCUUUUCCUUCUUUCAUCCACCUCUUUUGCAUUCUCAUUAUCAUGGAAAUUCAAAUUACAUUGGUGGAAUCUCAUGUUAUUUGCGGUCAUUACUAUUUCCGCGACAGUUAUUUUCCAGUAUUUGGUCCCUCUGGUCGUUACGGAACGACCAGAGAGUUGGUUAGUUCCCUUCAUGCCAUGGCCUGCUACGAUAUCGAUUUUCCUAAAUGUGUUUCUCAUGACAGCAUUGAAAAUGGUGGCAUAUAAAAGAUUUGGUAUAUGGACUGGUGUUAUAACAAUAUUUUAUGUACUAUAUGGUGUCCACUCAACAUAUCAUGCUGAAGAAAUAUUGGAAAUGGUUGUUGUUGAUAAUGUGAAUACCAAUUCUUCCACCCAACAACAAAUUACUAAGGUUGAGAUUCAACUUGUUUAG